AUGAAUUCAUCAUUUCCACUUGUGAUUGAGGAACCGGCUACGUUCACAGUGGUCUUCUCAUCAAACACGGAGAACGUCACAUGUGGCAAUCCGACAUGGAUUGUGAACGACAAAAAACAGGCGGACAGGGGACCAUGGUUGACGUUCCGACGACUGAAAAGUAGAAACUACACUAUCUGCAUCGAAUUCGAAGGAGAGACAACGUCGAUCUGUGGUUAUGUGCAUGUCUCCGACAGACCAUUAUUUGUCCUCAGUGGAGACCCUGACCUCGACAAGCCAGAUGACCAUAGUGCUACAAGGAACAUAACGAAAUAUCUAGAUGAAAGCUUGAAUCUUACUGUCGUCCCGUCACUGAAGGAUGAGCCCUAUGUAGGAAUACAUAAGCGUAAUCACCUGGAACUGCCGCAUCUUCGAUACGAACUCAUCCUCGCCCAGUAUACAGUCAUCAAACUGCUUCAAAUCAGAGUAUACCGUAUCCAAAAGCACAGCCUCUCGAUACAUCAUAAUAACUCUGUUGGAAACUACAAUAACAGCAUCGGAUACCAAGCUGUGGACGAGUUCAUCAGAUCGGCAAAGGAUAACGGAGGACGAUAUGCUAAAAAGCACAACGGGUCUGGAUCUACUGGAAACUACAGCGAAUAUCAGUCUCCUGAGAAAGCUGGAAAAAUGAGACUUUCCGAUGUCGGAAAUGAGACCGCAACGCUCCUCUACUAUGGUGAUCGGCCACAGGCUAAAACCAAAGAUGGGAAAUCGACCACGGCGGUGAAGAAUAUCGUCGACAAUCUGAUAGCCGUCGAGAACAUCGAUCUGGCAGCGUUUGUUUCUAAUUCGUGGCCCAAAAUGUCGCUCACUCCAUACAACAGUGGUCCACUAGUGGGAGCCUUUGCUUUUGCAGGUUAUUCUUUGCUCAGUUUCAUGCAAGGUGGUAGAACCAUAGUGGAUAGGAGCGCAGCUUCCCGGUUGUACCUCUGUUGCCUACUUUCUGAGGAACGAGUACUCCCUGCUUUCAGAUGGUAUCGGAUAAAUCUGAAUAAAUGA